ACCUGGUCAGCUUGGGGACCGGAUUUUCCAGGCUGCUAGCUGAAUGCCUCAGCCUUACCUGCUUUACAUUUAAAUACACCGUACCACCUUCAUUUAUAUUUAUAGUUUAUUUCAAAACAAAAAUAAAAGCUUUAACCAGUGAGUCGGCGAACCAUGGCCCCGAUGCUGGAUGAUGACUCCCGGAAGCUGUUCCUCCUCACCACAGUGGGAAAUUAUUUCAGCUUGAAGACGUUGCCGAAAUUCGCCACCUGCACAGAAAUUGACAACUUCCUGGACGACGCAAACGAGUUCCUGUUAGCCGCGAGCACAGACGGAGACAGGGUCCACUUUUCCAACAGGUUGGGCAGCGGGCAGUGUGAGAAGCGAGUUCUGGUGUUCUUUAAGUUGCGUCCCUGCGUGAUUACUGAGGAGAACGUCAGCAGCACAGUGCUUGUUUCUUCCAUGCUGGAAUCUCCCAUCAGCACUCUGUACCAGUCCAUUAGGACAGUGUUUAAUCCUGCACUACAUCAGGAUGAGAGAUGGAGUCAGGCCUUUGAUCCUCGUUUGCAGACUUUACUCAGUGAGCUGGAGGCUGGUUUGGGUUCAGCGCUUCGACACACACAUCCAACGAAUUCUGGGAAAAAGUCUCUCUCAGAGGAAGAUGUUCAUGGCAUGGUGACUCCAUGUGAUGAGUUUCAGUACUGGGCUGAAGUGAGUCGCUUGGCAGAGAGCAGCGGUGCGAGAAAACGAGCCUUGCACUUUUGUCACCUGUUCGAACCCAUAGAGAAGCACUAUAGUGGUCUGGACAGCACGUGUCUGAAUGAGGCAUUGGAGCUGAUCGAACACACUCGAGAUGUGCUGGAUGACGUGUGGAAGCAGAACGAGCAUGCUCCCUACUCAGAAACACGCAUGCGCAGACUCCUGGACGUGAUUGGGUUCCGUCUGGCUUGGUUUGUGCAGAAGAAGCUGUGCGCGCUGCGUCUGUGGGACGAGCCGUUUUCCGUCGUGAGAGAGAGACUCCGAAUGGGCGUGGCCGUGUGUGAGCAGUGGGCAGCAGCAUGCGAGCACCUGAGCGGCCAGGUGUGGAAACGCUACUCCCCUCACCCAUGGAGCGGAGACAAGCACCGCCCACUCGGGCUGCAGGAGCUCACACACCGACUGCAGGAGGUCCUGCAGGUGCGCACGGUGCAAGAAAAGCUCCAGCGGUUGGUGUUCGGUGCACACCAGCAACAGAUUUCAGCCUCUGUUGUGUUCCAGCCUUUUAUUGGACUCAACCCUGUACUGUAUAACCCUUACACUGAGCCCUUAUGGAGAGCUGCGAUGUCUCAGUUCGAGCGAUUGAUUGCACCAGUCGAACAGGAAGUAGCAGGACGAUUGAAGACUUUGAUCCGAGACGUGCAGGACGGUCCACAGCAGUUGCUGCUGGUGUUUCAGAAGCAUAGAGACCUCAUCAAACGUCCAACAGUGAGCAAAGAGCUCCAGCCAGAGAGAGAGACGCUGCUUACACGGCUACUCGACUACUGCAGAGGACUGCGUGCUGAUUUCGACGCCCGAUGCCACGGUAUUCCAGGAGAGAAAUCCGGACCUUUGGUGGGCAGGAACCUUCCCGAGGUUGUUAACAACAUAGUCUGGGUCAGACAGCUGCUAAUGAAGGUGGAAGACUCUUUAAAGAUGGCGGAGGCUCUAUCAUCAGACCUGGCAGGCUUUCGUGCCUUCAUGCAGUUCUGUGACGAGGUUCUCGAGCAGCUGAGGGCGUACGAGCAGGAGCAGUUUGACGACUGGACAAGAGACUUAAUCUCUGGGUUAUCGGAUCCCAAAUCUGGAAUUAGUUUGCAGGCCAGCAGCCGUGUAAUGGAGCUGGACCACGCAGAUGGAAAGCUGAGGGUUCAGUACUCUGAGCGUUUGGUGAGUUUAGUGAAGGAGGUGAGACAGCUCUCUGCACUCGGCUUCACCGUUCCAGUCAAGAUCCAACAGGCAGCUGGCAUCGCCGAGAAGUUCCACAGGCAGGCCCUAGUGCUCAAACAGGUGGCUCAUUUCUACAACACCAUAGACCAACAGAUGAUUCCAUCCCAGAAACCUAUGAUGCUGAAUUACGCUUUGGCCUUUGAGCAGGUUAUUAAGGGUUCUUGUGCGAACCUUCGAGAGGGAGGAGGAAAAGCCUUGCAGAUAACGUGGGACAAUCCGAAAGAGUUGGAGGUCUACAUUAACAAGCUCCAGAGUGCUGCCGAGAGGCUCUCAGCCCAGAACCGGAAGCUCCGCAAGUGGCACACCGACUUCACUGACAAGGUGGUGACGCUGAUGGGGGUUGAUCUCCUGCGGCACCAGCAGCGCUGGAAGGAAGGGCUGCAGGAGCUCAGGGCUGGAUUCGCCACCAUCGAGGCUCAGGGUGUCCGAGCGAGCGAUAUGUAUGCAUGGAGGCAGCACUGGAACCAUCAGCUUUAUAAAGCCCUGGAGUUCCAGUACCAGUGCGGACUGGAAUCGCUCAACAAGAACCUUCCGGAAAUACACAUCGACCUCGUCUUUAAACAGGGCCGUGUGCAGUUCCGGCCCGUGUGUGAGGAGCUGCGAGUGAGGUAUUACAGAGAGCUGAAGCGCUUCAUUGGCAUCCCCAAUCAGUUCCGAGGCGUGCACGAGAGUGACAAGGGGGCGGAGCUUAUAUUCACCACCAUGAUUGCGAACAACUCCCGAGCCUUCAUCACCAUCUACGGUAACGCCGAGCAACUAUUCAGCAGGCUGCAGCAAGUACAAGACAGGUUCAGGGAAUGGGUCGUGCUGGGACAGGUAGAUAUGGAGGUCCUGGUGGAGAAAUACCUUCACACAGUACAGGACUGGGAACGAAACUUCCGAGCCCUCAAAGCGAAAGGGAAAGAGGUGGACCGUCUUCCCAGCGUCGAGAAGGUAGACUGCUUCACUGUGAACUGUGAGCCAGUGAAGGCCACGAUUGAGGAUUUGAUCCAGAAACUGUUUGAAACCAUGCUGACAGCUCUGAGGAAAUCCAUCCAGGGUCAUAUACAGACUGUGGACUCAUUUGUCAGCAGUGGGAUGACUACAUUAUCUACAAGACCACAGAGCAUAGAGGAGAUCGGAGAAGCCAACUCGAAGCACAGUCAACUCCAGGCACAGAAACCUGAGGUUCUGCCUCAGUUCCAGCAGAUGGAGGAGAAGAACAGGCUUCUUCGCUCGGUUGCAGGAGGGGGCGUCGACUCGAUCAGCUCCCUCAGAGCUAAGUGGGACAAAUUCGAGCUGAUGAUGGAGAGUCACCAGCUGAUGAUCAGAGAACAGGUGGAGGUGAUGAGGAGCAGCGUGACAGGUCGGAUCAGCGUAUACUUCCAGGAGCUGCAGAAGUUCCGUUCUCGUUGGGAUCAGCUCCGCCCCUCCGAUGAUGUCACCGACUCAUGUGACCCUGACGUCUUGCAGCGCUGCGUGGAGCGAGUGAGGGAGAAGAAGGAGGAGUUCAACGAGCUCGAGAACACGCGCACAAAGCUUUUGGAGGAUUGUGAGCACUUUGGCCUGGAUAUUCCCGACACGUCUCUUGCAUUGGACACACUGCACGACCUGCAGCGAUGUUCAGAAAUGUGGAGCCUGUACGAGGAGUUUCAAAACACACUCAACACCAGUGCGCAGCAGGACUGGAUCAGCUUCAGGAGCAGGACACAGGAGUUUGAGGAGUUGGUGUUCAUGUGGCACGAACGCCUGAGGAAGCAGGAGGAACACAACACCAUGACAGUGAUGCUGCAGAAAGAAGUGGACAAGUACAAGGCUCUAAUUCCUGUGCUGAAGUAUGUGAAAGGUGAUCAUCUCUCCCAAGAUCAUUGGCUGGACCUCUUCAGACUUCUUGGUCUCCCCAGAGGAACCAUGCUGGAGAAACUCCUGUUCAAAGACCUGCUGAGUGUCUCACAAACCAUCAUAGAUAAAGUCCUAGAGCUAAAGGACCUGAACAGUCGUGCUCAUGCAGAGGUGAGUAUCCGGGAGGCUCUGCGUGAGGUGGAACUGUGGGCCGCUGGAGCGAGUUUCUCUCUCACCGAACACACGAACAGCACCGGCGCACACGUGAGCCUCAUUCGCGAGUGGAGAGACGUCAUGAACCAGGUUGGAGAUAACCGGUGCCUGCUGCAGUCUCUGAAGGACUCUCCAUAUUACCAGCGCUUCCACGACAAGGUCUCGCUGUGGGAGUUGCGUCUCUCCGACCUCGACGACUUCCUGCAAAGCCUCAACAGCAUCCAGAGGAAGUGGCUCUACCUCGAGCCCAUAUUCGGGCGCGGCGCAUUACCGAGGGAGCAGAGCCGCUUUCAGAGAGUGGACCAGGACUUCAGGGCUAUAAUGUCUGAUGUUCAGGGAGACAACAGAGUGACGUCUCUGACCACGAGGCCAGGCAUGAGGAACUCUCUGAACACUCUGCAGGAUCAGCUACAGCGCUGUCAGAAAUCCCUUAACGACUUCCUCGAGGAGAAACGCUCGGCGUUUCCACGUUUCUAUUUCAUCGGCGACGACGACCUGCUGGAGAUCCUGGGCCAAGCGACGAAUCCCGGCGUCAUCCAGACACACCUGAAGAAGCUGUUCACAGGAAUGCACAGUGUGGACUUUGACUCGACCGGCAGCAGAAUCACGGCCAUGAGGUCCCUCGAAGGAGAAACGGUCCAUCUGAGGAACACAAUUGCCAUCUCUAACGAUGUCGAGGUCUGGCUCAGUGCAUUGUGCGAAAUGAAGGAAACCUUGAAACUGCUGCUGUGCGAAUGUGUGAAAGCAGUGAAAGGGGGUGGAGUCGACCCCAAUCGCUUCCCCUCACAGAUCCUGUGCCUGGCUGAACAGAUCCAGUUCACAGAGGAUGUAGAAAGUGCGAUCCGUGAGCAGAACCUGCACCAACUGGAGCUCGAGCUCACGGCUAAACUGGAGCACUACACCGACACAAAUGCCCGCACCGAGUCUGCAGAGUCCACUGUGUUACAGUUAAAGCUGAAAGCUCUGAUCCUGGAUGUGAUCCACAACCUGUCGGUGGUCCGGGAGCUGCUGGAGGUUCAGGUUCGCAGUGCGGAUGACUGGGCGUGGACCAAACAGCUGCGUUUUUAUCUGAACGCUGAUCAGCGCUGCACCGCACACAUGGUGGACGCAGGGUUCGACUACACCUAUGAGUACCAGGGUAACGCCCCUAAACUCGUGCACACUCCUCUGACGGAUAAGUGCUACCUCACGCUGACUCAGGCCAUGAGGAUGGGUCUGGGAGGGAACCCGUACGGACCGGCCGGAACCGGCAAAACCGAGUCAGUUAAAGCACUGGGAGGACUGCUGGGCAGGCAGGUUCUGGUGUUCAACUGCGAUGAGGGCAUUGAUGUGAAGUCUAUGGGUCGUAUUUUCGUGGGGUUGAUAAAGUGCGGCGCUUGGGGCUGCUUCGAUGAGUUUAAUCGUCUGGAGGAAGCGGUGCUGUCUGCAGUCUCCAUGCAGAUCCAGGCAAUUCAGGACUCUCUGAGACAGCACCGAGACUCCUGUCACCUCCUGGGCAAAGAGGUGGAGCUGGACCCAAACUCGGGCGUUUUCAUCACUCUGAACCCUGCGGGGAAAGGUUACGGUGGCAGGCAGAAGCUUCCGGACAACCUGAAACAACUUUUCCGUCCGGUUGCCAUGACGACCCCUGAUAACGAGCUCAUCGCUGAGGUCAUCCUUUUCUCAGAGGGCUUUAAACAGGGGAAGGAGCUGGCACGCAAACUCACCGCGGUGUUCAACCUGGCCAGGGAGUUGCUGACCCCUCAGCAGCACUACGACUGGGGGUUGCGGGCUCUGAAGACGGUGCUGAAAGGCUGUGGGAAUUUAUUGCAGCUACAACGGAAACAACAUACACAAGUGAGCGAGAGUGUGUUAGUGGUGCAGGCUCUGAGGUUGAACACACUCUCGAAGCUGACGUUCUCGGACGGCGCUCGGUUCGAUGGCCUGCUCGGGGACGUCUUUCCUGCGGUGGACUUCAACGAAGUGCAGUACGAAGAGCUGCGGGUCGCCCUGCACGGCGCUUACGAAGAAGCGAAGCUUGAGAUCAUACCUAGUCAGGUGAGGAAAGCCCUGGAGCUGUAUGAACAGAUGAAGCAGAGGAUGGGCGUGGUCAUGGUGGGUCCGAGCGGCUGCGGGAAGUCAACCGUGUGGCGUUUGCUACGCGCCGCGCUGAAGCGUCUCGGCCUCAUUGUGCAGCACCACACGGUCAACCCCAAAGCGCUGAGCCGGCAGCAGCUGCUGGGACACAUGGACAUGGACACGCGCGAGUGGAGUGACGGCGUCAUCACCGCUGCCUCCAGGCACGUCAUCCGGGAACCUCAAGAGGUGAGCUCGUGGAUCGUGUGCGACGGCGAUAUCGACCCGGAGUGGGUGGAGUCGUUGAACUCGGUUCUGGACGACAACCGGCUGCUGACGAUGCCGAGCGGAGAGCGCAUUCAGUUCGGCCCGAACGUCAACUUCCUGUUCGAGACCCACGACCUGAGCUGUGCUUCCCCUGCCACCAUCUCCCGCAUGGGCAUCAUCUUCCUUAGUGAUGAGGACACUGAUGUGAGCGCUCUGCUGAAAGCAUGGUUAAGGAGAGAGGAGGCGGAAAACAGGGACAAUCUGGAGAUUUGGAUUAAUGAUUACUUUCAGCGAGCCCUCAACUGGGUGUUCACACAGGGUGAGUGUGUAGUCGAGACAAGUUUGGUCGGCGCUGUCUUGAAUGGUUUGUCCCACCUGAGGGGUGUGAGCGAGCGGGCCGAGUUUAUAGUUGGGUUGAUCCGCGGGCUCGGAGGAAACCUGCACCUGAAAUCACGGCAGGAGUUUGCCAAGCAGGUUCUAAGCUGGGCAGGCGAGAGCCCUCCUGAUCCACGGAACCCUCUAGAUCUGAGCUUUAGCUGUGAUUCUGGGCGCGUGUGUGCGUACGAGGUGCAGUGUAGCGACGGAGUGUGUGUGGAGGAUUUUGGGAGUGCGCACACGCUCCCCGUCAUACACACUCCACAUACACAACAUGCUCUGCACAACUUCACACACUGGCUCCAAGCUGGACAUUUGCAACCGUUCCUGAUGGUUGGGCCAGAGGGAUGUGGCAAGGGGAUGUUGUUGCGUUACGCUUUUUCCAGGCUCCGUUCGACUCAGGUGGCAGUGGUCCACUGCAGCGCUCAGACCACAUCAACGCACGUCCUGCAGAAACUCGCUCACAUGUGUGUGUGCAUCAGCUCCAACACACAUCGCGUGUAUCGGCCGCGCGACUGCGAGCGCCUCGUCCUCUACCUCAAAGACAUCAACCUUCCCAAACCCGACAAGUGGGGGACCAGCAACCUGAUCGCUUUCCUACAGCAGGUGUUGACAUACCAGGGUUUUUAUGAUGAGAGUCUCGAGUGGGUUGGUUUGGAGAACAUCCAGGUUGUGUGUUCGAUGUCUGUUGGAGGUGCUGUGGGACGUCACACACUCACCCCACGCUUCACCUCGAUAGUGCGCAUUUGCACCGUCGAUUAUCCUGAUAGAGAGCAGCUCCAGACUAUCUAUAGCGCCUACCUGUCCCCGGUGUUGCAAAGAACUCUGGGUAACCAUCCCACCUGGAGCUCCGCAAAGGUUUUUCAGCUCGCUGCCUCUUUGGUCCAAAUCUACGAACAGGUGAAGGCGAAGUUCACCGUAGAUGAUCACAGUCACUACUUGUUUACGCCGUGCGUUUUGACGCACUGGGUAAGGAACCUGCUCAGAUACGACCUGACUGCAGGUAAAUGUCUCACUCCCGCAGACUCGGUUUUGGAGGUGGUAGCAUACGAGGCCCACCGACUCUUCAGAGACAAACUUGUCUUAGAUAAAGACCUGCACUCAUUCGAUAACAUACUCAGCUCGGUCAUUCGGGGAGAUUGGGGCUCUGACGUGCUCGAUAGUGUGUCUGACACAUACUUUGUGACUUGGGGUGCAAGCCAUGAUGGGCGUGGCCACAACAAGCCCCUUCCACUUUAUGGGAAGCCACUCGGCCGUCUCAGCUCCAGCGACCUAACAGAAGUUGUUCGCAAGGGGGUUCUGCAGUACGAGCGUGAGAACCGGGAGCUGGACCUGCUGAUCUUCCCGGAGGUCUUGGACUUUGUAUGUCGUGUGGACCGGGUGCUGUCCGCUCCAGCCGGGUGUGUGUUGCUGGCGGGACGGAGCGGAGUGGGGCGACGCACAGCUGUGUGUUUAGUCGCACACAUGCACCGUGCUGCGCUCUACACGCCCAAGAUCAGCCGCUCCUACACACUCAAGCACUUCAGAAACGACCUUAAAACCGUGAUGCAGAUGGCAGGUGUGGAAGGCCAGCAGACUAUACUGUUGUUAGAGGACCAUCAGUUCGUACAUCCCUCCUUCCUGGAGAUGGUCAACAGUCUGCUCUCUUCAGGUGAAGUUCCCGGACUGUACACAACAGAAGAGCUGGAGCCGUUGCUGUCAACUCUGAAGGACCAGGCAGCACAAGAUGAAUUCACCGGAACUCUGUUUAACUACUACACGAACCGUGUGCAGCAGAACCUCCAUGUGGUACUCAUCAUGGACUGUACCAAUGAAAAUUUUACCAUCAACUGCGAGAGCAACCCGGCACUUUACAGGAAGUGCAGUGUGCAGUGGCUGGAGGAAUGGAGGGACAGCAGUAUGAAGAAGAUUCCUGAAAUGUUUCUGUCUGAAACAGAGGAGGAGAAGAGCGCUGAAAAAAAAUCUAAGAAACACAAAGCAGACUUCUUCCACUCGUUCCUGAUGAUCCAUGAGUCGUGCCGCGAGCACGGAGCGACGACAAACAGAUACCUGAGCUUUCUCAAGGUCUAUCAGUCCAUCUACAGCAUCAAGAAGAGAGAGCUCACUCAGAGACAGCAGCACCUGCAGGCGGGUGUGGCUAAGUUAAACGAAGCCAAGUCACUGGUGGAUGAGCUGAAGAGGCGUGCAGCCGACCAGAGCAUGCUCCUGAAAACCAAACAGGCGGAGGCGGAUGCAGCGCUGCAGGAGAUCACCACAUCCAUGCAGAAUGCAAGUGAUCAGAAGACAGAGAUGGAGAAGCUGAAGGGACGGAUGGCUCAGGAAGUGGCCAAAAUCGAGGAGCGGAAGGAGAAGAUCGACGACGAGCUAAAAGAAGUUCAGCCCCUGGUCGAAGAGGCGAAGCGGGCCGUUGGAAACAUCAAACCCGAGUCUCUGUCUGAGAUUCGCUCACUGCGAAUGCCCCCGGACGUCAUUAGAGACAUCCUGGAAGGGGUGCUGAGGCUCAUGGGAAUUUUUGACACCUCCUGGGUCAGCAUGAAGAGUUUCUUGGCGAAGCGCGGCGUCAGGGAGGACAUCGUGACGUUCGACGUGCGAAACAUCACACACGAGAUCCGGGAGAGCGUGGAAGAGUUACUGCACAGGAACAGGGCCUCGUUUGAUCCAAAGAACGCGAAGCGUGCGAGCGCAGCCGCUGCUCCUUUAGCCGCAUGGGUGAAAGCCAAUGUCCAGUACUCUCAUGUCCUGGAGAAGAUCCAACCACUAGAGGCUGAGCACGCAGGACUGAUGGAAAACCUACGCAAGACAGAAAGUCGGAUGAGUAAACUGGAGGCCCAGCUCAACUCAGUUGGAGAAAGAGUGUCGGAGCUGAAGGACAAGUUUCAGCGUCGUACAACAGAAGCUGCGAAACUAGAAUCGGAAGUUAGCCGAGCUCAGGAAACCAUCAGCGCCGCGGAGAAACUCAUCCACCAGCUGGACGGAGAACACACUCGCUGGAGCACGCAGGUGGAUGAAAUAAGCGAGGAGCUGAAAACUCUUCCGAAGCGAGUGCAGCUGGCAGCAGCUUUUAUCACCUACCUGUCAGCUACACCUGAGGAUCAGCGCAGAGCCACACUGCACAGCUGGAUGGAGCACGCUGGAUUGCAGAAGUUCGAUUUGCGCCGUUUCCUGUGCUCUGAGAGUGAGCAGCUGAUCUGGAAGAGCGAAGGGCUGCCGUCUGAUGACCUGUCCAUUGAGAACGCCCUCGUUAUUCUGCAGAUUGCUGCCUUAAAAAUCCGGAGUGUGGCGUGUCCGUUUCUUAUAGACCCGUCCUCUCGUGCCACAGAAUGGUUACGCACCCACCUUAAAGCACAUCGCUUAGAGGUCAUCAACCAACAGGACUCAAAUUUUAUGACCUCGUUGGAGUUGGCGGUGCGCUUCGGAAAAACUCUGAUAAUCCAGGAAAUGGACGGCGUCGAGCCUGUGCUUUAUCCUCUGUUGCGCAGAGACCUGAUCGCCCAAGGUCCUCGUUACGUGGUUCAGAUCGGAGAGAAAGUCGUUGACUAUAACGAGGAUUUUCGCCUGUUUCUGGCAACCCGCAACCCCAGCCCAUUUAUCCCUCCUGAUGCUGCUUCUGUUAUAACGGAAGUAAAUUUUACCACCACCAGAGCAGGACUGCGUGGGCAGCUGUUGGCAUUGACCAUCCAGCAUGAGAAACCGGAAUUGGAGCGAGAGAAAACCAGACUGUUGCAGCAGGAGGAGGAGAAGAAGAUUCAGCUCGCACUGCUGGAGGACUCACUGCUACAGACUCUGGCGACAGCUCAAGGAAACAUCUUGGAGAAUAAGGAGCUGAUCGAGUCGCUGAAUCAGACGAAAGCGAGCAGCGCUCUGAUACACACCGCGCUCACCGAGUCACACAGACUGCAGGCUUCGCUCGAUCAGGAAAGGGACGCCUAUCUGCCGUUAGCUGAAAGUGCUAGCAAGAUGUAUUUCGUCAUCACGGAUUUAUCUCGCGUCAAUUGCAUGUACCACUUCAGUCUGGCCUCCUUCGUCGGAAUCUUCCACCGAGCGCUUCAGACUCAACAGGAAACUAAUGGCACCGAGGCGAGGAUUGCAGCACUUGAGGCGUCUCUGAAGAGCAUGGUGUAUGAAUAUGUCUGUCGCUCGCUUUUUAAGGUGGAUCAGCUGAUGUUUGCGCUGCACUUUGUGAAGGGAACGCAGCCAGAACUCUUCCAGGAAAACGAAUGGGAUGCAUUUAUUGGACUGAUAGUCACAGACACGGUCAAGAGGACGGACUCCCAGAAGUCUUUUCAGGAACACAUUCCUUCCUGGAUUGAUCAGGAGAGACACACCGCUGUGGCUUUAAUCAAGAGUACAUUCCCGGUGCUGUAUCAGUCCCUCUGUCUGAGCGAUGCAGAUCUCUGGCUCUCGUUUUCACAAAGCUCCAUCUGUGAACAGGAAGUCCCGCCUUCUGUCUCCAGGAACAUCUCACUCUUUCAGCAGGUCCUGACGGUGCAGGCUCUUAGACCGGACCGUCUGCAGAGCGCCAUAGCCAACUUCGCUUCACACACUUUGGGAAUGAAGGAACUGUCUCCUCCCCCGUUAAACCUGAGACGUCUCUACGGUGAGACAGUGGAGACGGAGCCGGUGCUGAUCAUCAUUUCCCCUGGAGCCGAUCCGUCUCAGGAGCUGCAGGAGCUCGCCAACCACACCGUGGGCCUCGAGAGAUACCACGAGGUGGCUAUGGGACAGGGCCAGGCUGAUGUGGCUCUGCAGGUCCUCAGAGAGUGUGUGUGUAAUGGAGAGUGGCUCUGCCUGAAGAAUCUGCACCUUGUCACUCAGUGGCUCCCCCUGCUGGAGAAGGAGCUGAACAACAUGCAGCCUAAAGCAGGAUUCCGACUUUGGCUUACUGCCGAGGUUCAUCCCAACUUUACUCCCAUCCUACUGCAGUCCAGCCUGAAGAUCACCUAUGAGGCUCCUCCAGGUCUGAAGAAGAACCUGCUGCGAACAUACGAGUCCUGGAGCUCGGAGCAGGUCAGCAAAGGCGGAAACCCUGCACGUGCUCAGUCGCUCUUCUGCCUCGCCUGGUUCCAUGCAGUGUGUCAGGAAAGACGCAACUACAUUCCACAGGGAUGGACGAAAUUCUACGAGUUCUCCUUGUCUGAUUUAAGAGCUGGAUUUGACAUCAUCGAUCGGCUGUUUGAAGGAGGCAAGGCAUUUCAGUGGGACCGCGUACACGGUCUGUUGGAAAGCGCCAUCUACGGUGGACGCGUGGACAACGUGUGCGACCUCCGAGUGCUGCGCUCGUACCUGCACCGCUUCUUCAGCAACAAGACCCUCACACACUCGCGCACACACACUACCUCCGCUUUCCCACCUCAGAUCAACCUGCCCAACUCCUGCAGCACAGCGGAUUAUCAGCGUGUGGUGGCCGGUCUUCCCGAGGAUGAUAAGCCGAGUUUUUUUGGACUUCCUGCCAACAUUGAGCGUUCUGCUCAGCGCAUCACCAGCACACAGGUAAUCUCACAGCUAAGGAUUCUAAGCAGGUCAGUGACUGCAGGGUCAAAGUUCGACAGAGAGCUGUGGGCGAGUGGCCUCUCACCUGUUCUCAACUUGUGGAAGAGACUGAAUCAGGGAUCAUCUUUAAUCCAGCAGAAGCUGGCUCCGCUCACCGAGGGCCCCCGAUCCCCCGUGCUCUCCUUCGUCCUGUUGGAGCAGUUUAAUGCUGUGCGAUUGGUCCAGAGCAUUCACCAAUCGCUGGCCUCGCUCAGCAGAGUGAUCCGUGGAACCUCCCUGCUGACGGCCGACACCCACAAACUCGCCACCGCCCUGCUCAACCAGGAGUGUCCUCUAAGUUGGCAGAGUAAAUGGGAGGGGCCUGAUGACCCCAUGCAGUAUCUCAGAGCUGUGGUGAGCAGAGCCCUCGCUGUGCAGAACUGGGUAGACAGGGUGGAGAGGAACACACUGCUGAGUGACAUCUUGGACCUUUCGGACCUCUUCCAUCCACACACCUUCCUCAAUGCCCUCAGACAGGAGACUGCCAGAUCUAUGAGCUGUUCAAUAGACAGUCUGAAGUUUGUGGCAUCAUGGAGAGGUCUGAUAACUGGAGCUAAGCUGCAAGUGAAGGUUGGAGGUCUUCAACUAGAAGGCUGUAGUUUUGAUGGGAAUCGACUUAGUGAGAAUCAUCACAACUCACCCAGUGUGUGUGCUGUUCCUACCUGCUACAUGGCCUGGAUACUUCAGAAUAGCCCAGGUUGUUACUCUCCAGAGGAGUGUGUGUUGUUGCCGGUGUAUACGAGUGCGGAGCGAGUGCGUGUGGUUACACACAUUGAGGUUCCCUCUGGAGGAAACCAGGAGCAGUGGAUCCAAAGUGGAGCUGCACUUUUCCUCAAGCAGCAGUAACACACACACACACACACACACACACACACACACACACACACACACACACUGUAAAUCCAAACUGAAAUUGUACCAUUCCUCAAAAUGCAAUAACACUAGCACACACACAAACACACACACACACACAUACUGCGCAGCGGUGCACAUUAUUCUUUAAACAACAGUAACAUCUACACACACACACAGACACACACACACAGAUAUAUGUAUGCUUUCUUUGUAGAACACUAUAAUGUAUAGAAAUGUGUUUAAAUAUUUAUAUAAACUUUAAUAUACUGUUUAUAUUGUAUUUGUUCAUUGAAUAAAAUAUUUCCAAUACUG